UUCCCCGGUAUUAUCCACACACAGAGGAGGGAUUUACCAUCACCGGGGCCGGACAGUCAUUUUCACUUAAAGCUAACAGCGUAUUUCAUUUCGGCCUGCAAAGUUCAUCAUUGCAUUAGCAAAAAUCAGUGCAUCGCGCACAAUAUAAUAUGCAAACCGCACCUAAAAAAAAUAAGGGAAAUUAAAAUAAACCAUUAAUAGUUUCCAUUCCAUUAAGAGUCGGUUUCCAUAACCCUCUCAGUGAAGCUAUCAACAUCCGUUCCAUUAUCGGUGAUGUCUAAAUUGGUGCUGGUGUGCGUUAUUUGGUGCCUUGUACUCGGUUGUAGUUCGGCCGCACCGAAUGAGGUGGCGGGCAAUAAGCUGAAUGAUGCUACUCCUCAACUGGACAGUGAGCUGCAUGGGCAGUACGAGACGCUGGAGGACGAGAUGGACAACCAGGAAAAUAUCAUGACUCAGCUGCUGGGUGAUUAUGACAAAGUGAAAGCGCUGUCGGAAGGGUCUGACUGUAGGUGUAAAUGUGUUGUCAGACCCCUCAGCAGAAGUGCGUGCCGCCGAAUCGAGGAAGACAGCGCCAAGGCGCAAGACUUUUACACCGUUGAGACUGUCACAUCAGGGUCGGACUGCAAGUGCGCCUGCAUCGCCCCUCCCUCCGCUCUGAACCCCUGUGAAGGGGAUUUCAGGUUCAAGAAGCUACAAGAUGCCGGGAAAGAUGAAAUCAAAAUGUCAACCAUUAUGGAUUUGCUGGAAGGGGCCCUUUAUGGAAUGGACUUGUUAAAGUUGCACUCUGUCACGACAAAACUUCUUAAUCGAGUUGAAAAUAUUGAAAAGGCUGUGUCCCAGAACCACACGGAGCAGAGGGUGAGCGGGUCACAGGAGCAGGUCCAGACCCAGCAGAAGGAAAGCCGCAUCAACCUGCAACCAGACAAGAGGAAACGCAUGCCAGGGCCCCCCCUCCAGAGGGACGCAGCCGCCACUGACACAGAACCCAAGAAGAAGCAUGAGGAGAAGUGGGCACGGGGGCUGUCCAGACCCCUCCUGAAGAGGAGCCAUCCGGAAAGAGGGACGGAGGGGGAGCUGACAGAGCAGGAAUCUAAGAAGCAGGCUCAGGCCAGACCAGGCUCAAAUGGGAUGGUCAUCCGGGGGAUAACCUAUUACAAGUCCAGCGCAAUGGAGGACAAAGACAUGGAGGACCAUCCUGCGGUAGCAACAGUGGAAGAAGUUCUCAGUGGUGAUGGAUCAGUGGAUUUGGUGUUGGAGGAUCUGCUCCUCAAGCGGAAACACACAGCUCCCAAAGCCAAUGAGAAAGAAAGGGUGGAGCCUAACCAGCCCGCAGUUGCAGCCGCCACUGCAGACGGAGGGAAGACUUCGGGCACUGGCUCAGCCCUGCCCACUCGUAUUCCUAACGGCCCAUCCAAACUCCAGUCAACUGCUUUGACCCUGACUGCUCCGAUGGAGAGUGCUGCAGGAGACAUGUUUACAACCACCACGCCACCCGCCACUACGACCACAGCACCACCUCCCACUACCACCGCUGCUGUAGCCACUGCAACCACCGAAUCAGUGACCUUGACUCCUCUGACCGCAUCACCGACCACGACGACGCCGCGGGUUUCAACCACCCGGGCAACCAAAGCUGCCGCGCCAGUUAAACCCAAGUACCGAAUCAGCUGGACAGAGAGCCCGACAGAGGAAACCAUGAGCAUGGAGCCCCCCAAAAAUCCUGGGGAGUGCAAGGACACCCUGGCCUCCGUCUCCGAUCCCGUGACCCACAACACGUAUGGCAAACCGGAAGGAGCGUGGAUGAAGGAUCCCAAGAGUGCUGAAAACAAGGUCUAUGUCACAAACUACUACUUUGGAAAUAACAUGCUGGAAUUCCAUGACAUGGAGACCUUCAAAAAAGGACAGCCCUCCAACUCCUACAAACUUCCUUACAACUGGAUCGGCACGGGUCAUGUGGUUUACAACGGGGCCUUCUUCUACAACCGAGCCUACUCCCGUGACAUCAUCAAGUUUGACCUGAAGCUGCGCUAUGUGGCGGCGUGGACCAUGCUGCACGACGCGGCCUUCGAGGAAGACACUCCCUGGCAGUGGCGCGGCCACUCGGACAUCGACUUCGCCGUGGACGAGAGCGGCCUGUGGAUAAUCUACCCGGCGCUGGACGAGGAGGCCUUCCACCAGGAGGUGAUAGUCCUGAGCAAGCUGAACCCCACGGACCUCAGCAUCCAGAAGGAGACCACCUGGAGGACACGCCUGCGGAGGAACUUCUAUGGCAACUGCUUCGUCGUCUGCGGCGUCCUCUACGCCAUCGACAGCUACGACCGGACGAGGGCCAACAUCUCCUAUGCCUUCGACACGCACACAAACACGCAGAUGAUACCAAGGCUGCCCUUUGCCAACAGCUACUCCCACAACACGCAGGUAGACUAUAACCCCAAGGAGCGGGUCCUUUAUGCCUGGGACAAUGGCCAUCAGGUUACCUACAACUUAGUGUUUGCCUACUGAGCAGGAGCUGUACAAGAAAAAACAAAGCUGUCCAGCACUGUUUUUAUAUAAAAGAGUAAAAAAAAAAGGGAAUGAAUGAUUUUAUAUCCAAGUGGAUUGUAGAGCAGUCUGCACAACCCUUGUGGGUCUUUACAUGUGAGGUACUGACCAUUUUUUUUAACUGUAGUGUCUGCCUUGCAUACAUUUUGUAUUUUUAUUUUCAACCGGUAUUUAAUGUCCCCAUUUUUACCUCUCAAAGGGCUGGCCAAAUUUAAUCAUCCAUUGAAGCAUGACAAGGUUAUUAUUGUACUGCUCAUUAUGACUUAACAGAAUGUACUGUAUAUACUGUAAUUUAGAAUAAACCUUAUUUGAAUACA